ACCGACUGGAAGUAUCGAAUGAAAUCUACGGCCGGUGUGUAACGUAGUUCAUAAAAUAAUAUAGUUUGACUAUUAUGUCUCAUUUUAGAUAUGUUGACGAUAUUUUCUUUACGUCGAACGACUCACUAGAAUGUAUCGACCAAAUGUUAGAUGAAGCUAAUAACUUUCAUCCUAACAUUAAACUAGUGCGGCAAAUUGGUAGAAGUGUUCCAUUUCUUGAUGUACUCAUUGAGAACAGAAAGGGCACUUUAACAACUUCAGUGUAUCAUAAAGAAGCAGCUGACCCGUAUGUCGUACCAUUUGGAUCAGAUCACUCUGGUCAUGUUUUCCGAAACACUGUUGACACUGCUAUUACGAGAGCAGUUCGUUAUUCAACAAACUUCUUACAAUUCGAAGAGGAGAUUAGGCAAAUAAAACUCAUGUUUCUCUAUAAUGGGCAUGUUCCCUCUAUUCAUUCAUGUUUUUCACUCUUUCUAUGUGACUUAUAG